AUGGGGGAUAAAAUUGUAUCAAAUACACUAACUUCGUCGUCGAUACCUCCGCCAGCUACUGAAAUAUUGGCCAAAUUUGUCCAUGAUGCCAAAUAUGAAGACUUGGACAAGGACGAUAUUUCCGUUCUCAAAGACUUGCUCCUGGACUACAUUGGGGUUGCAGCUGCCGCUGUCGAGAAAGCCGAGUCCACGGAACCAGUGUUUCAAGCCGUGUUAGAACUUGACGCAAGUUCGAAUGGCCAGGGUGGUUUGUACACCGUAUUUACGAAGGGUCGCAGAUACUGUGCUCAGUCUGCCGCGCUGCUGAAUGCUUUCCUGGGCCAUUCCUUGGACUUUGAUGAUACCUACAGCGAAGGAUCUGUGCACCCUGGUGUGACAGCUAUUACUGCCGGCCUUGUGGCAGCUGAUGGCAUGUCCUUGCGCGAAACACGUGUCGACAUCGCAGGCAAACCUUUCCUCACAGCGGUCGCGGUCGGCUACGAGGUCACUUGCCGCCUCUCACGGGCAGUAGGUCAGGGGUCUUAUGCCCGCGGAUUCCACAAUACCUCCAUCACUGGCAUUUUCGGUGCAAUAGCGACAAUUGCCAAGCUCAAAAGUUUGGAAGCAGGCGUGGUCGAAAUGGCAUUCGGGCUGGCAGGUUCCAAGGCCGCCGGAUCAAUGCAGUACCUGGAAAACGGGUCUUGGAACAAAAGACUUCACCCGGGCUUUGCGGUGCGGGAUGCUUUUCUAUGUCUUGCGUUGGCCGAAAAGGGUGUCUUGGGGGCGUCCAAGAUUUUGGAGGGCAAAUUCGGCUUCUUCCACAUGUAUGCCAUUUCUGGAAGUGACCGACGUAUUGAUUAUGCGAAAUUGUUGGGCAACUUGGGUUCGGAAUGGAUUUUCCUUGCGACAUUAACGAAACCGUAUCCGGCGUGUCGGAUGACCCAUGGCUUAAUCGAAAUGGUGGACCGACUGCGGACAAAAGUUCUAUCGAAGGACUUGUCGUCUUCGCCAAAUGAUCCUUUCCCUUCUCAAACGAUAGAGCAAAUCAGAAUCAAAAUGCCGGCCUACCAAAUUCCGGUGGUCGGGGCGAGCCAGGAAAACAAGAUCCAUCCGCAGAAUGUUGUCGAUGCUCAGUUUUCGGCGUACUACCAAGUGGCUCUUACUUGGCUUCAUGGAGCCAGGACAGGUUGGGCCGGCUAUGACUACCUGGACGACGCAGAUAUGCACAGUCUUGCAGAUCGGAUCACUAUCACGUCCGAUGAGACCUUGUCUCGCUUCCAGCAAACCAUCACGUUGGAGUUCACCGACGGAUCCAAGCUCGAGGACACAAUCCGACCGCACGCUUCACCCCGGGAAGAAGCCAGAACGCCUGAAUAUCACUCCAAAGUAAUUGGCAAGUUCAUCUCGUUGGCGGAAUCCGUUUAUGGAAUUGAAAAAGCUGCGAAGAUCCAGGAGGUGGUCGAGAAUUUGGAAAGCCAUUGUAUUGUAGAGCUGCUGGAUUUGUUGCAAUGA